GCGACAUCUGUCGGCGAUAUAGGUUAUGUUAUAAAUUGGCAGCGUGCAAAUUUCGAGCUAUACGAGGUAUAAAGCGUCAAGUUUAUAAUAGUUUGCAAACUGAUAUUCAAAUUUGUCACAAGUGCGGAGUAGCUGAAUUGCUUAUAAAAAGUUUAUCCUCUGGAACUGUGACUAGUGAGAGACAUUCAACACUUGAUGAAUUAAGAGACCGAGUGUUUGGAAUGGGAGAACCAAGUAUUAGUGAUUGGAGACCGUUCAUAUAUGGAGGCUUGGCAUCGAUUGUUGCUGAAUUGGGUACAUUCCCACUGGAUACAACAAAAACAAGGUUACAAAUUCAAGGACAAAAAAAUGAUAUAAGACACUCAACUUUAAAAUACUCUGGUAUGAUUGAUGCUUUAAUUCAAAUUUCUAAACAGGAAGGAGUUAAGGCAUUAUAUUCUGGGAUCAGUUCAGCAAUUUUGAGACAAGCAACUUAUGGCACAAUUAAAUUCGGAACUUAUUACUCCCUCAAACAGAGUGCUACAGAUAGAUGGGGAACUGAUGAUCUAGUAUUAAUAAACAUUGUAUGUGCAGCAGUAGCUGGAGCCAUAUCAAGUGCAAUAGCAAAUCCAACGGAUGUUGUAAAAGUACGCAUGCAAGUUGGUCUUGAAGCCAAUUUGACUUUAAUGGGAUGCUUCCAAGAUGUUUAUCACCAUGAGGGUGUGCGAGGUUUGUGGAGGGGGGUUGGUCCAACUGCUCAAAGAGCUGCUGUCAUUGCAGCAGUUGAAUUACCAAUAUAUGAUUUCAGUAAAAAAGAGCUGAUACCAUAUAUAGGAGAUAGUAUAUCUAAUCAUUUCAUAUCAAGUUUUAUUGCUAGCAUGGGAAGUGCUGUAUCAUCUACACCAAUUGAUGUUGUUAGGACUCGCCUGAUGAAUCAAAGGAGGAUACGUACUGUUGGUGGGGCCUUAUCUCCAUAUAUUUAUUCUAGUAGUAUAGAAUGUUUUGUUCAGACUUUCAAAAACGAAGGAUUUUUUGCUCUUUACAAAGGUUUUAUACCAACAUGGCUUAGAAUGGGACCUUGGAAUAUAAUAUUUUUUAUAACUUAUGAGCAAUUAAAGAAGUUCUAACUCCAUCUAAUCAGGUAGAAUAAUGAAUUCUAUAAAAAUAUGAGAAUGCAGAAAGCAUUGAAAACUAUCAAGUAUCUGUUACUUCAAUAGUAUUUGAAGGAUUUAAAGCACGGUACAAGUAGUUUACACACUUUUUAAAUAAUUUUAUUUGUUGUGUCCUAUAUCUUAUACUAGUAAUUUAUAGGGCGUAGUUGUGUAUUAUCAUUCAAAUGUAACAUCUAAUGAAACAUGUUACCUGCAAAUGAUGUGAUUGUGAUUGAAUAGUAUUUAUAGUAUUCAUUCAAAUUAAGCACUGCUUUAAAUGAAAAUUUUGAAGAAUUUAAAGCUUGUUAGACAAUCCAUUGAAAUGGUGACUUGAAAGUAAUUGUUGAGAUUAAACAAAACUAAAUGUUCAAAAUACUCUAUUUAAACUAAAAUUAACUAAAAUGUUUUUCGCUUAAGCCCUUGGCGAGAGAGUCCUUAAGAAACAUUAUAUGUACAUUCAGCAUUUAAAUUGCUAGAGGGCAUUUGAUUGAAAUAUGUACAAAGAGAACGCUAUCCAGGCACUAGCAUAUCAAAGACGUUUUUUAUAAUAAUGUAUUUUUAUUGUCAUAUUACUGUUUAUUUUAAGAUUUUAGUUGUGACCAUUGUUGUUGAUUUACUAAAUACAAAAUUUGAUGUAAGCAA